UUUAAGCUCCUGUCAAAACAGAAUGAAGUAAGUUCAUUCGUUGUCUAGCAUUAACACAAACACACUGUCAAAAUUCAAAGUCUGGAAUAAAUUUCUCUAACGGGUCAAAGCUUAACGAAUCGAAGAUGUGUAGCCCCUGCUGUGGACCUUGCUGUGGACCCUGUUGCAGUCCUUGCUGUGGCCCGUGCGGCCCUUGUGGCCCAUGUUGCAAUGACUGCUGUGGACCUUGCUGUGGCCCAUCGUGCUGUGGUCCUUGCUGCAGCCCCUGCUGUGGACCAUGUUGUGGACCCUGCUGUAGCCCAUGCUGUGGACCCUGUUGCAGCCCCUGUUGCAGCCCCUGCUGUAGCCCCUGCUGUGGUCCAUCUUGUGGUCCUUGUUGCAGCCCCUGCUGUGGACCAUGCUGUGGACCCUGCUGUGGACCUUGCUGCGGGCCCUGUGGCAGCUCCUGCUGCAGCCCCUGCUGUGGACCAUGCUGUGGCCCCUGCUGUGGCCCUUGCUGCGGCCCGUGCUGCGGCCCCUGCUGUGGACCCUGCUGCGGACCCUGCUGUGGCCCGUGUGGCCCCUGCGGACCAAAGUGCAAGUGAGGAUCGCCAGCGAACAGGUGGCACAGACACAAAUGACACCAUAAGUUCGUCAAAGCCCGUUAGAGAAUCCCCGAUGUCAACUCUCCAGCAAAGUCAAUGAAAAUACAUGGAAAAUCAACCAAAA